AUGCAGGAACCAAUCUACGACCCCAGUCGCCCGAUGCCCUCCUUGGAGAUUGUCUACUCGUACAAGCUGGUCGGCAUCCCGAACAAGACUAUCGUCAGCCUGCGCGUCGAAUUCCCACCCAACGGAUCAACUCCCCCACAUCGCCACGGUGGCGCGAACGUUGGCGCUUAUGUCCUGAAAGGGACACUUCUCAAUAAAAUGAAUGAAGAUCCCAUGAAAACGAUCGAAGAGGGCGGAAGCUGGUUUGAAGCACCCGGGUGUCAUCAUCGCAUCAGCGAUAAUGCGAGCAAGACCGAACCAGCGACGCUCAUUGCUACCAUGAUCACGGAUACUGAAGCAUUUGAGAGGGAUGGAAUGGGUGCUCUGAUCCAGAUUGAUGAGGAGUACCGCAAAUGA